AUGAAAAGGUCAGUCGAACUACCAUCAGAACUCGUUGUCUGCAUCCUCUCACGAUUACCAUCAAAAUCACUUCUCCGGUGUCGAUCAGUAUGCAAAUCAUGGCUCUCUUUCAUCUCUUCAUCCCAUUUCAAAGUCUCGCAUCUUGACAAGUUUAACCAACUGAACUCUCGCUAUCUUGUUCGUCGCUUUAUAUUGCAUGAGAGCAAGGAAGAAUACACUGUCCAUUUCGAUGAUCAAAAUUUUACGCUGGAUACUAACUCUCCCAUACAAUCCCCCUUUAAUUUUUACCUUAGUGGAACCGAAGUCCUCUCUUUCAAGAUAAUUGGGUGUUGCAAUGGCGUUAUUUUCUUUUCUACUGAUACUAUCGGAAGAGAUGAAAUCAUACUCUGGAAUCCUUCUAUUAGAAAGAAACUUACCUUAAUCCCCCCAAUGUUUCCCAGAAGCGAACUACUAGAUUUGGAUAUUUAUUUCUGUUUUGGGUACCUUGCAUUGUCUGAUGAUUAUAUAGUCCUCAGAAUCGCCAAGGAUCGUGGCCUUUCAUCCAUCACUACAACCCACGUUCAGAUUUACACAGUGAAAACUGCGAUUUGGAGGGAGCUUGUGUUCCCCAAAGAUUUGUCUUCCAGCAUCGUCUCUAGCAUCUCACAAGUGUUUGUGAAUGGAUCUGUUCACUGGGUAGCAUGUGAAGACAUUUACAGUGCUACACCUUUAUCAAUCUUGACGUUUGACAUGAGUACUGAGCUUUUUGGAAAAAUCCAUCUUCCUGAUUUUUUAGUGCACCUCGACCUGUUCCAAAUGAAGCUCGCUGUUGUUUUAGAUUCUUUGGCUGUAAUUUAUUGUUGUCGUUACAGUGCGCCAUGGAAUACUUCAUGCGCUUAUGAGAUAUGGGCUAUGAAGGAGUAUAAGAAGCCGAGCUCAUGGACCAUGCUUUGUAAAGUGUCUUUUCCCAACAAUGAUGUAGGGAGCCCUUUGGGAUUGACAAAUAAUGGGAAUUUGAUAACAGUGGGAUCUAAAGAAGGUGAUGUGAUGAUUUGCAACUGGAAGCGAAGUUAUACUUUGUAUGGUCCUUGCAGCAAAGAUGAUGACUCGAAGUACACUUUUGUUGAGAGGUACAACGAGAGCUUAGCGUUGUUGGAUCAUGGCGAGCUGGAUGAUGAGAAUGAGGUAGACCUAUCAAUGCCGUGA